AUGUGGUUAUGUUUUCUCUCGCAGAUCAGGAACGUUGACAUUAAAGAGAAUUCAUUUUGGGCGAAGAUUAAAGAAGACAGGUUUGAAAGAGAUGAGAUAUUUGAAGCUCUGUCUAAAACAUUUGCUGCUAAAGCAGCAAAAACUGAAGAUGGAAGUAAAAAGAAAGCCAAGUCAUUCAAAGUUCUUAAUCCAAAAAAAGCACAAAAUCUAUGUGAGUUAUGAGGCUGAACUUUUUCUGAACUAUAUUAAUGCUUCCGUCAUAAUUUGUGCUAUCACGUGAUGAUUUGAAUGUAUUUUGUUUUCAGCCAUCAUUUUAGGUUCGCUGAAAACAUCUUUUGAAAAUAUUAAAAAGAUGAUUUUGAAUUGUGAUGAAAAUCUGGAGGCGAGCACCAUUGAAUCGAUAUUGAACGAUAUUCCCACUGCUUCUGAG